GAAGGAAGAAGCGAGCGAGCGAGUCAGGGAGCUGCGGGCGCCAGUGCGCACCGCCUCGCUGGCUCUUUCCCCUCCCUCUGGCUCGGCCCGGCCGCCCCAUGGAGUGCAUCGCCCGGCGGGGCCUUUCUCCUCUCCUCCUCUAGCCGAACAGCCUCUUCCUCCUCAUCCUCUUCCUCCUCCUUCUCCUCCGCUCGCUGGGCCGCCAUGGGCGACGUGAUCUCGGCGCACCUGGACGAGAACCGGCGCCAGUUCAUCGCAGGGAAGACAGACAAGAUCCUCACGGAGUUUAGCCACUUCUACCAGGAACAAUAUGGCAUUGCCCUGUUUAACAGCGUCCGCUUUGAGAUUGAAGGGGGAACUAGUCCACAAGCCCAACUAUUGCAUCGCAAGGUACCUCUGGAGGACCGGGUCAUCUUCUCCGGCAAUCUCUUCCAGUACAUAGAGGAAAACAAGAAGUGGAGGAACCGUUUCAGCGUUGUACCCCUCAAUUAUGGGGUGGUGCUCUACGAGAACAAACUGGCCUAUGAAAGGGGUCUACAACCCCGAAUUCUCGUCAACAGUGCUGGCUACAAGGUCCUCACCUCCCUGGACCAAUAUUUGGAAUUGCUCAGCAAUAACUUAACAGGUCCCGCCUCCAAGUCAAGCAAUGCUGCCAGUCAUCCCAAGUGUCCCACUCAGUUCCCCAUCAUCCUGUGGCAUCCUUAUGCCCGCCAUUAUUACUUUUGUGUGAUGACCGGCAAGGAGCAGGAGAAGUGGCAGGCCAUUUUUCAAGAUUGUGUGCGUCACUGCAACAACGGAAUCCCAGAAGAGUCCAAAGUGGAGGCGCCGGCAUUCACCGACGCCGUGCGGAUGUAUCGCCAGUCCAAGGAGCAAUACGGCACCUGGGACAUGCUUUGCGGCAACGAAGCUCAGGUCUUGAGCAAUCUGGUGAUGGAGGAGCUGCUGCCUGAGCUGAAGAAUACGAUUGGCCCCCGGCUGAAGGGCAAAGAGCAAGAGAGGCAAAGGGCCUGGAUUCAGAUCUCUGAUGCGGUGUACAGAAUGGUCUGUGACCAGGCAACAGCCCAUUAUGACUCAUCAGUGGCCAGAUGUGAGCUUCAGAUUCCUGAAAUGAAGAGCAUCAUCCGGACAGAUAUGGAUCAGAUCAUCCAAUCCAAGGAACAUCUGGCAAACAAAAUCCGAGCCGUUGUCUUCUCCAAAGCUGAGGUCUGUGUCCGGAAUCAUGUCCAACCAUACAUCAGUUCCAUCUUGGAAGCCCUGAUGAUCCCCACCAGCCAGGGCUUUGCUGAAGUUCGGGAAGUCUUUUUCAAGGAAGCCACUGACAUGAACAUGAAUAUUGUCAAUGAAGGAGGGACAGAGAAGCUGGGAGAGUACAUGGAGAAACUUUCUCAGCUAGCUUUCCACCCUGUGAAGAUGCAAUCAUGCUAUGAAAAGAUGGACCAGUUGAAGCUGGAAGGUCUCCAGCAGAGGUUUGAUGUCUCCAGUGCCUCCGUGUUCAAGCAGCGGGCCCAAAUCCUGAUGAGGCAGCAAAUGGAUGACACCGUCUACACUUUUGAGACUCUUCUACAUCAGGAGCUGGGGAAGUCGUUGAGCAAAGAUGAACUCUGCAAGACCAUUCAGCGCAUCCUGGAACGGGUGCUCAAGAAAUACGAUUACGACAGCAGCACGGUGAGGAAGAAAUUUUUCAGGGAAGCUCUGUUGCAAGUCACUGUCCCUUUCCUGCUGAAGAAGCUGGCUCCCACUUGCAAAGGGGACCUCUCAAGAUUCCAGGAGCUGAUUUUUGAGGACUUUGCCCGCUUCAUCCUGGUGGAAAACACAUAUGAAGAGGUGGUCCUGCAGUCUGUGAUGAAAGAUAUCAUGAUGGCUGUGAAAGAGGCAGCCGUCCAGAGGAAGCACAACCUGUACCGCGACAGCAUUGUGAUGCAUAACAGCGACCCCAACAUACAUUUGCUUGAUGAGGGGACGCCCAUCAACUGGGGAGAGGAGUAUGGUGGUGAAUCAGACGUAGACCCUUUGGACGAGAAGCAGCACCGGGCCAAGCAGGUUGUCUCCAUGAUCCACGUGGAUGAAAGCGCUCUGCCCUGUGAAGUUGGCUCUUUGGAAAGAUCUCCAGAUGGCUCAGAACCAGAGAAGUCCGACCGCUGUCCUAGUCCUCAGACACAGGAUUCCUCUGAGCCUGUGAAGGAGCUCCGUACGUUGCUGGUGAAAGAGGUGGAGAUCCCAAUUCCAGAUGACCAUAAGGCUGAGGAACAAUUACACAACGGUACUAUUACACAAGAGAGCGGAGGAACCCCGGAGCCCAGGAAGAAGGAGACCUCUCAAGCAGAAAAUGGUUGUACCACAGAAUCCUCCACAGAGCUCCAUAGAGAGAAACAGGAAGCCCCAGCCCCUUCCCCAGUUGCCCCCACACAACUCCCAGCUCCAGAUGGAGGAAUCCAAGCAGAAUGCCCGGAACCCGCCAAUAAAGAGACAGGCGAGGAACAGGUCUCUGCUCAAGCCAGCAAGGUAGAAGCAGAGAUCCCAGUGGAGAACAGCCCCAAGGUCACAGAUGAAAGCGAAGGGGUGCAGACUCAGUUCUAGAUCAGCCUCCCCCUUGGAAGAGGAUUCCUCAUGGCCAGAUAAACACUAACAAACUGGGGGCCCUGUAGGAUGAGAAGGACAAAAGCAAGUUGAUCCAAGGACAGUGUAGGACCAUCUUCAGCUGUAGAUGCCCUUGAUUCUUCUGGAGAAGUUCUGCCUUUGGAGGAGGGGGAGGGAAGGAAGGAAUUGCAAGGGAGGAACCCCAGAAUGCACAUUCUACAUCUCUUGGGUCCAAGGUGAUUUUUUUUCUAGCCUUUUCUUGUGUUUCCCACAAACAGGCGCACACACUAGUUCUCCUGACUCAACGUUGUGUGGUUGGUUUGGGUGUUAUGGAGAAGGGACUUCACCUUAGAUGCUAACAAAUGCCUGGAGGGUUGGAAGAGAGAGAAGCCAUGGUGUUUCCCCAUCUUGAUCCAGACUGGUACUAAUUUGACUUUUUGACCCGUAACUUGGUUUUGAUGUUUCAUCCCUUUGCCUUCGUCUAACCAUGGAUGGUAGAAGGCUCUUUCUCCUGUUUGGGGCGGGGGUGGUCAUUUCUUCUCCUCACCAAUGUUCACAAUUAGGAACGGUUCUCUCUUAACUUCUUCUUUUCUGGGCCCUCCUAUUCCAGAUGAUUUUAGCAAACCAUCCUAGAAUUGAUGUGGGAGGUGGUCAAAUUGCGUUCUUCUCCCCCCCUCCCUGCACCAAUCUCAGUCCAAAGUUACGCAGAGAUGGAAAGCCCUAGUUCCAGGAGAAAGUAAGUUGACUUUUAGAAACAUGUGGAUGUGGGUUAGAGAAAGUGGUGUGUGCUGUUGAAGGCUUGCUGGUGUUGGAACAGACCAGCAAAAGUUGACAGAUAAGACAAGACUAAUAUAGGAAUUUAAGUUAUUUCAGUGGGGACCGCUGGCUGAGAUGUCUUAUGUCUGAACCGGUCAGCCAAGGAUGCACCAUGAAAACAAAUAACCAGUAUAUGCCAUGCUAAUGUAGGAUCGUUCAUGAGUUGGUUAUCUUGGUCUGCUCAGGUAUCCUUGGUUUACCUGCACAGAUGCUCUGCUGAGUGAAUGUUUGUUUUUCUGUGUAUUUCCCCUCUCUUCCCAGGGAAGCAAAGCAGCAGAAUAAUCUUAGAAGCAGCCAGCAGAGAUCCUAUAAAAGGACCCUAUAAAGAGAGAUCCUAUGUGCGCGAGUCUUCAGCCUAGUGGGAAGUCAUUGAGGUUGCAAUUUUUUUUUUUUAAAUGCACUUGGUGUGGUGGCAGUUAACAAUUUUUUGGGGGGACACAAAAGGGAAAACGGUAUUACUUUUAGCUUCGGCAGUUUCUGGAAAGUUAUGUUUAGCAACUCAGUCGUGUUCUUGCAGGGAUGAUGUAAGAUCACUGGCGUUCUUUCAAUAGGACCUCAUUCCCUGUCAAUUUAGGAGUCCCUGUUGCUUGCGUGACAUGGGCAAAAGUGAAAUAAAAGGUAGGGAUUCAGGAGAAUCCCAUCCUGCCUUUAUAAACAGAGUGUAUUUUCCUCUCUUCUACCUAAACCUGUGAAGUGGAUUGAAAGUUGGAAGCUACCCUGAGCUUCCAACUUCCAGCAAUGGAUUUAUUAAAUACCAAUCUAAUCCACAUUUAUACACAUAGACACACCUCUACUACUCAUCCAUCUACUCAUCCAUCACUGGAGAACUUCAGAGAAUAUGGUUGGGCUUUUGGUUUUUCACCUCCUUGAAGGACCAAGUUUUAUUCUUGUUCAACUUCAAGUUCCAUCUUGAGAACUUCAGUCAACCCCUAAGUCAUAGUGAGCCAGGAACCUGGCAACAUCUGGAUGGUUUCUGUUCUGAAGGAGAUGUUGGUAUAGUUCAACUUGGAUUCUUCUCGACACUUACUAAUAGCGAAGGGUGGCUUCUUCUGUCUUCUGGGAAAGCCAUAGUCCCCUUCCAAGUUAGCGAUGAAGGUUUCUGUCUUAAGAAUCUCCACGUUGACUGGAUCGAUUGAUGAACGGGCCUACAAGAAGUAAUUUCCCCAAGGCCUUCACCCCCAUAAGAUGGAAAAUAACUCUCUCCUUGUUGAUUUUUCUCCUUCUUCUCCUCUGUUUUCAUGGAUGGGAAGUACAAAAUAUGGGUGCCUCGUCACGUGCUUCGCCCUGAGUCAGUCCGGAUCUGCUGGCAGAAGAUUGCUCUUUUGAGAGGGCUUCCAUAAUCUCAAAAUAAUAAUAAUAAUAAUGAUUGAAAUUCAACUUCUAGGAAAUUGUGGUGCCAACUGAGGAAGGGAGCCCUUUUCAAACCAGGCAGAUGAUCUUCAUUAGAUCCAGAAAUAGGAAGACUCUUUGGGAAAUUGCCCAUGAUCCAAACAUCUCAACACUGCCCACCUCAUCCUGAUUUGCUGCUGUAACGUUCCAAUUUCACCCUGUUUUUUUUUUAAUAUUUGUAGUCAUUCCUCUUUGAAAUGAUUGUGGAGAGUGAGAAAGAGAGGAGAAAACACUCACUCGGAUUUUAUAUUUUGUCCUCUUUUAAUGCCUUCUGGUUAGGAACCAAAGCUUCUUUUCCUCCUGUUUCUCUCUCUCAACGAAGAUAGUAUAUAUUGCAAAUCUUAUACCAAAUGUUUAAGAGAAUGUGCUUAUAUAUAUUAAUAAAAAAAAUCAGCUUUAUUUAAUGCUA